CUGUCCGGAGGGAGGCGCCUAUCUGAUUCUGAUUGCUUUGCACGUAGGUGAGAGGAGCCUAUAUAUAACUGAUGAGAUGAGAGCUGAGGCCACUUCCACCAGCAGCUGUUAGCGUCACUGUUCAGGAUUUAAAAAAUGUGUUCCCACCUGCAAACUUCUAUGGAGGGCCUCAUUGCAGUGUUCCACUCCUACUCUGGAAAAGAAGGGGACAAGUACAAGCUGAGCAAAGCCGAGCUGAAGAACCUGUUGCAGGGAGAACUCUCCGAUUUCCUGGCAGGCAGCAAGGACCCCAUGGUGGUCGAAAAGAUUAUGCACGAACUGGAUGAAAACAAGGACGGUGAAGUGGACUUCCAGGAGUUUGUCGUUCUGGUUGCUGCACUGACCGUCGCCUGCAAUGACUUCUUCAUAGACGAGAAUGAAAGCGCCAUGAAAUGCAAGGACGCUGGUUCUAAGUGAGACCAAGUCUAAUAUUCACAUUGAAUCAAUAACUCUACUACAAUUGUAUACUAAGAAUGUCACUUUAGGGAUGCACUGUUGUCACGGCACCUUGUAAUGUUCCAAAAGAUACAUCACUGCAAUCGAAACUCAGUUCUUUUUUGUCUAUGAAAAGUCCAUCUUAAUAAAAAAAUGAUCAUCCUGUUUU